AUGGAACUUGUGAUCUACAUGAUUGAGGAGCAAGGCCUUUGGGAUGCCACGGUGGUGGUCUACUUGGACAAUCAAGGUGUCAUUGGCUCCUUCGACAGGGGACAGAGCUGUAACUGGGAGGCAAACCUCUCCAAGACAAUCCGGCGGACCCUAUCUCACGCGGAGAGCUGGGCCCGCAGGAGCUUUGGAUCCUCUCUUCCUUUGCGUUCCCAAUGGAGCUACAACCCUUACCUUUCCCAUGUCCUUGUUUAG